CCCAUGAAAUCUACCUUGCAAACCGUAGCAGACAAAAUUGCUCAAUAUACAUCACGUGCUCACGCGUUCGCGUCCCCGCGACGGGACCGGAGAUACAAUCAAACAUCGAGACUCUCACAUCAAUCAAAUCCUAUCCAUUUCUUCCACAUCAACGCCCUCAAAUAACGCCAAUACCGUCAAAUCGAAUCAACACAAUAUCAGACAAAACAUAAUGUCCCUCCAAACCCCCCGCGUCCUCCCCGCCCACCUGCACGCCUUCCACCCCUCCAGCACUGGCCCCCGCACCACACACACCGUCCGUCUACUGGGCACCGUUUCCGCCUUGCGCGGCGAUACAGCGACCAUUACAUGCGGGAGCCAGGGUGAUGUGACGCUUAUCCUGAAGCCGGAUUCGCAUUUGCAGAUGGGGAAGUUGGUGGAGGUUGUCGGCAAGGUUACUGAUUUGGAGGGUGGACAGGGUCUUGGUGUGCGUGUCUUGGGAACGACGGAUUGGGGAAAUCCCGCUGAUUGUGAUUACAAAAUCUACGAGCGUGUUGUCGAGGCAACACAUCGAUUGAAGCCGAUCUUCUACGACCAGGAAUAAAUAAAUGCAUUGACCGAUUUUGUUUGGUUUGGCUGUAGGCGGUAACACUACGGAGUAGGCUGGUACGGGUAUAUGGACCAGAAUUACGAUAUCACACCCUGUUCUUUCUGCAUCUCCUUUUGUGGAGCAUGACUAGAGCGGAUGGCAACUAUAGUUUGAAGGAUGCUCAAGGGAGGGCGUCUGGUGGAACCCCUCCCUGGCCUAUAUCUUAUUCCCCCCUGCUUGCUGGUUGGGGUGAGGGGAUUCAAUGAUGAUGAUUUCAUGAAAGGAGCUGUGCUACGUGGAUAGACUCCAUUUAAAUCACAAGCCCCGAGGGAGGCAUACCCAUGGAACUACUUUCGAAUGAUGGACAUUACAUGGUCUUGCGAGUUGUAAAUAGACUUUUUGGGCAUCAAAUAUUGCAGCAUCUUUAAAAUGAAGACUGGAAGAAACUGAGUUAUUAUGA